AUGACCGCGGCGCAGGAGGGCCGAUCGCAGCAGAGGGCGGAAUACCUGCCGCACCGGCCGCCCCACAGCGGCGGCCGCCAGGUCCCGGACAGCCCUGCCCGGGCCUCCACCCCUGCCCCCAUGGACGACUACGCAGCUGACAACAGCAGCAACCGGGGCCACUCCCUGCCCAGGCAGCGCAGCUUCAGCAUCCAUGCCGACGGCAGCGCCCACGGAGGACGGCGCUAUGUGGGCGCAGGCUGCUCCCGCGAAGGCAGCACCCAUGGUGGGCUGCGCUUUGUGUGCACAGGCUCCCGUGAGGGCAGCGCCCAUGGAGGGCGGCGCCAUGUGGGGGCAGGCUCCCGUGAGGGCAGCACCCAUGGCGGGUGGCGCUUCUUUGAGUCAGCCUCGCGGGACGAGCAGUGGGCGCAGGCUCGGGCAGAAGAGUAUGCUCUGGAGCAGCACAGCCUGCAGGACGACGCACACCCGGCUCGCCUGCCUGGCGGCAGCGGCCGGGGCGCCACGGCGGGGCAGGCGGCGCUGCGGCUGGCAGGCGAGGGCCCCGCGGGGCACCACGCUGUAUGGGUGACGGAGGAUGGCAGCGCCAAGGGUGGUGUGCAGCCUCCGGCGCUGCCCAGCAGUACCGGCGGCGGCGGCUUCAGCGGCAUCAGCGGCGGCGGCGGCGGCGGCGGCAAGGGCGGCCUGGACACGCGGCUGCCCAUCCCGCCCCUGCGCGACGUCUUCUGGAGCUGGCUGGGGGCUUUCCUGGGCAUCCUGGCCAUCAGCGCCAUGAACCAGUGGGUGACCCCGGAGAUCGACAUCGUGUUUGUGGUGGGCAGCUUUGGGGCCUCGGCGGUGCUCGUGUUUGCGCUUCUGGAGUCCAAGAUGAGCCAGCCCCGCAACUUUCUGGGCGGGCAGAUGCUGUCUGCCCUGGUGGGCAUCACCACGCGCGUGGUCAUCCACCAGGUGUGGAUUGCCGGCCCGGUGGGCAUGUCGCUGGCGCUGGUGGCCAUGCAGCUGACCGCCACCACACACCCGCCAGGUGGCGCCACCGCCCUCAUCGCCUGCACGCUGCCCACGCUGCCCAAGUGGCAUGGUUACAGCUACCUGGUCACCAUAGGCGUGUCCUCCAUCAUCAUGCAGCUCAUUGCACUGGUGGUGAACAACAUUGACCCGCGGCGGCGCUACCCCACGUAUUACUGGUGA